UUAAGGGAAAAAAGAACUUUCGCUCUAGAGCCCUAGAUCUUCUCCUUCGCUUUGAUGAACUGGUAGCGGUGAUCUUCGGCUCAAGAACCCUAGAGCUCCCAACUCCCUGUCUUGUGUCUUCGGCUUUGCAUACUGGUGCAAGCGAGCUACAGGCCUUGUGCAUCUUUGCUUCAGGUUAUGGCCUAUGCAAGAUAAGUAGCAAAACAUACACCAUAAAAGUUUCCACAGAGAUUCUUUGACCAAAAAGUUGGUCAAUGGCAGAAUCAAUAUCAAAUUUUUGGGGUCCUGUAACAUCAACUGAUUGGUGUGAGAAAAACUAUGUCCACUCAUCGUACAUCGCAGAAUUCUUCAAUACUGUAUCAAAUGUUCCAAGCAUUGUUUUGGCAUUUAUUGGCCUCGUAAGUGCCUUAAGCCAGAGGUUUGAGAAGAGGUUCAGUGUGCUGCAUAUUUCCAACAUUAUACUUGCCAUUGGGAGUAUGAUGUACCAUGCAACAUUACGACAUGUGCAACAGCAAGGUGAUGAAACACCAAUGGUUUGGGAAAUGCUAUUGUACUUCUACAUCCUCUAUUCUCCAGAUUGGCACUACAGGAGUACAAUGCCUACAUUUUUAUUCUUCUACGGAGCAGGGUUUGCCAUGAUCCAUGCAUUGAUGCGCUUUGGGAUCGGAUUCAAGGUGCACUAUGCAGUCUUGUGUCUCCUCUGCAUUCCCAGGAUGUACAAGUACUACAUCUACACGAAGGACGUGGAUGCAAAACGGCUGGCAAAGUGGUAUGUGGCCACCAUAUUCCUGGCGACACUGUGUUGGCUUUCGGAUCGGAUAUUAUGUGCUGAGGUUUCGCAGUGGCGGUUCAAUCCCCAAGGGCAUGCUGUGUGGCAUGCCUUGAUGGGCUUCAAUUCGUACUUUGCGAACACGUUCCUGAUGUUUUGCCGCGCAGAGCAAUUAGGGUGGAACCCUAGAGUCGUCUAUGCCCUGGGGUGUCUCCCUUACGUGAAGGUUCAGAAGCCAAAAGCUCAAUGAACAAUGUAUCAAGCAAGUAAACGACAUCUCUCUUCUCUUUUGGCAGCUUAGGUUUAGGGUUACAUUUGUUUUGGACUGACAGGCAAGCAAACACGUGUAUUUCUAAUUCCUUAGUACCUACUACCUACCCUCAUUUUUGUCCUAUAAUUUACUUCUUUUGCCAUUUGUUUUAGUUAAAUGGAUGUGUAAAUGAUACUUGGAUGUUGACUUCAUAUGUUGGAUUUUCGUCACAAA